AUGCCGAAGGAGGAGUGUAAAGUGGCUUCCGUCUGCAAACAUAAAGAGAGGAAGCCCAAAAAGCCGCACUACAUCCCGCGGCCCUUCGGCAAACCAUACAACUACAAAUGCUUCCAGUGCCCCUUCACCUGCAUGGAGAAAUCGCACCUGUACAACCACAUGAAAUACAGCCUGUGCAAGAACUCCCUGUCACUGCUCAUCGAGUCCGAUUGGCCAUAUAAGAAAGGCAACCUGCUGCAUUCCGACAACCUCCGGCUCCAGCAGGGAGUGCUGGGCUCCCACAGCCCAGCGCAGGAGCACCCAGAGCAGGGAGCAGGGGGAGAGGAGCUCCCUGGCCAGGCGCGGAGCCUGGAGCUCAGUUUCACAGACGAACCUGAGGAAGCAGAGACAGGAGAAAAAAACACAGAUGGAAGUGUUGGCCAAUCAGAGGCUACAGAGGCGAACGGGAUGGCCAGUGAAAAUCCAGAGCUGGUGGAAGAGUGUCUGAGGGGAGGAGCCAAGCGACCAAAGCACGAGGCGGAGCUCGUGAUGGCGGACGCUUUCUCGCUGGAGGAGCAGCUCUUGCGAGCGCACUCGGUGGAGGUGGAGGCUAAGCUACGUCACUAUCGCCUCUCCAAGACCUGCUUGUCUGGGACUACCUCUCUGCUCUCCGAACAGUGGCGUAUCCUUAGCAACCAGAGCCUCACUAACAAGGCCAAGUCAGAAUCAGCACCUAACUCUCUGCCCUGUUACCCCCCACCCCUCCCCCCGGGGCAUGGGGACUGCCCCGACACCUCCAGCCUGAAUCUCUCUCUUCUCGGGGUCGGGUACCAAUUGACCCCUGGCCUCUUCUCUUACCUUAACCCCGCCCUCGGCACUGCAGCUGCGGUUACCACAGCGACCAGCCCAGCACAGAUCGGCGCACUGCCCUUCCUAGCAUCGGCAGCUCAGCUCACACACGCACAUACACACACACACUCAGAUCGCACGCUGCUGCCCCCCCGCCUCUACUACCCCUUCCUGUGUGAGCAGAUGCCGGGAAGUACAACCCCUGCCACAGCUGCAGGAGACCCCGUUAAAGCCGCCAAACCCUCCAGUGCCACCGUGGAUGCCCCUGCUCCCACCCACACCCCUAAACUCAACAUGUGGAAGGUUCCAGCACUAUGGCCUCCCUCCAGCCAGGCCUCGCCUACAGCCUGGGGCUCACCUAACCACUGGACCCCAGAGAUAGGCCAGCGCAGGGAGGGUAAGCCUGGUUGGGGUCUGGAGCAGACGAAGAAGACGAUAGCCUCUCUGGAGUCCCACAAUGCACCAAUGGAAAAAAAGCCAUUCCUGCUUGACCGGGCCACACCCUCUGCUUCCAUAGCAACUGACAGGGUUCUCUCGAAUGGCACUGGCCCCUCCCUCCUGUUGGGUUUGGAUAGAGCGAGGGAGCUGAUGGAAGAGAAGGAGCGAGGGAUAGAGAGGGAGGGGAACUCCGUGGUCGCUCUCCUGAGGGAUCUCUCCUCUGCACUGCGGGAGUACCAGCGCACGGAACAGCAGGUUGCCCUGCUGCCCGAACAACGCCACCUGUGGGCGCAACUGGGCAAGAUCCGUUCUGACCUCUCCCACGUCCAGCAGGCGCUGGAGCGGACAGCCCGCCACAGCGAAGGACCCCUGGACCUGUCGGUCAAAAAGGACCCUGUCGCCAUGACGGCCACGGGGGGAAGCUUCAGACAGGGCGUCCCCGGAGGUAGAAAGGAACUGAAAGAUGAAAUGUGUUCUGACACAGAAGAGGAGGAUGAGGCAGAGGUGGAGGGAGAAAGGAGGGAUACGAAGGAGAGGCGAAAGCACUCGCUGGACAUGCUCAUCAAGCUGAACCACGCGGGCGUCUCGCUCGUGAAGUCGGCCGUUCCCAUGGUGAAGGCGGAGGUGUUGCCGGGCGGAGGGCUGGACUUGCAGGCGGAGGAGGCCGAAGCCCUGUGGCACAGGACCACCACAAAGUGUGAGGCCGACUCCAGCGUGCUGCUCUGCACCAAAACCCCCAACCACCCCCCGUCCAUCCACCACCUGGACGCAGUGUGUCCCCUGACAACCACUGACACCUAA